AUAUAUAUAUGUAUUUAUUAUGUUCGCUCUCGUCAAACUCAAACCUCCCUCGCUCGCUCUCCUCACAAGCAUUAGAGAUCCAAUUGUUUCUCUGCUCCUCGCAGCGUCUCUCUCUCUCUCUCUCUCUCUCUCUCUCUCUCUCUCUCUCUCUCCAUGUCUGGAGAUUUCAGAGACGUUUACUACUACCACCACGCAGCUAGUUAUAAUUACGGUGGGAACCAGCUUCAUGGCAGCUUCCCCUACCCUGCCGAUGCCGACACCUAUUCUUCCUCCGCAUUAUUUUCAGCUGAUCCCACUACUUUGCAAAUGCUCGAUUCUCCUUACCUGACCUUCAUUGACUAUUUACAAGCUGGACCUGGACCUGGAGAAUCCGCACAACAUGAUAGCACCGCUGCCUUUGGCCUUCCGCCGCCCUCUUCCUCCGUUCCCAAGGAAGUCGAGAUGGUCACGCCGCCGACACGGGACGCGUCAGCCGGAGGAGGCGAAGCUCCUACCACGCCGAACUCGUCCAUAUCCUCCUCCUCCGCGGAGGGAGACUCCGAGUGCAGGAGGAGGACUAGUAGUAAGAAAGGUGUAAGUCAGGUCAAGGAAGCGGCCGACGCGGACGCUUCACAAAAGGAGAAUAGAGGCAACAGCAGCAGCAGCAACAAGUCGUCGUCGUCGUCGAAGAAGAAGAAGAAGAAAGGAUCAUCAUCAUCAUCAGCAUCAGAAAAGAAAGAGAAACAGGAGCGAUUCGCAUUCAUGACGAAGAGCGAAGUGGAUCAUUUGGAAGAUGGCUACCGAUGGCGAAAGUAUGGCCAGAAGGCCGUCAAGAACAGUCCUUAUCCCAGAAGCUACUACAGGUGCACGACCCAGAAGUGCCCAGUGAAGAAACGGGUGGAGAGAUCGUUCCAGGACCCUUCGACUGUGAUCACCACCUACGAAGGCCAGCACAACCACCACGUUCCUGCCACUCUGCGCGCCUCCUCCUCCUCCUCCAUCUCCAUGCUUGCCGCUGCUGCUGGUGGUCCGCCCCCGGUCAUCUACCAACAUGAACCGCCGCCAACCUUCCACCAAGACCUCCUCAGCACCUUGCUUCAGCCCCCGCCGCUGCCACGCACUAGUAGUAAUUACGGUUACGCCUACAAUGAGGGCAGUGGCGGAAAUAUGUUGAACCCCUUCCACCAGCAGAUGAUGAUGAUGAUGUCGACGACCACGACGAAUGAGGACGAUUAUGGGCUGUUGCAGGAUAUGAUUCCUCCGCCCGCGACACUCCCCAAGCAGGAGGAGGACAACGACGACGAUGACGACCACCACAACAACGAUGAUCAUCGGGAGCCUUGGUGAUUAAUGAGCUUAUUAUUAAUUAAUUCCUUGUACGACGUGGAUCAUCGCAAGUAUUAAUUAAUUAAUUAAUCGUCUAA